AGACUCAACCAAAGGUGUGAUGUCCGAACAACCCUUGACAGCAGCAGCAAGUGCGGGAGAACUAUCCUCACCUGCUGCAGCUAAUGCUGUUCAGAUUGUGCCAUUCACACCGUCGCCAACAAUUUCAAGUAAGCGAGCCUUUUAACUCUCUUGCGCAGAAAGUCAUUGCUUCAAAUCGGUCUGAAAAACAAACCAAUCGUCAAAAGUCCCCCACCACAAUAGUAGACAAAUUCUUAUUCAUAUUUAUUAGAAUCAUUAGCUGCUUUGCUUGCGGAUUAAAUUAAGUGCUAAAUAAUAUUGUUAAAAUUUACAUCCUUAAUAGAUUGGUUGAUAAGUAAAUAUACUUCACCUUGUCAUAAAAUUCUUUUUCCAUUGUAUAACCAGGUCCGGCUAGUAGUAAAGUUCCACUCAAAACCGAGCUGGGACUGGGAGCCAAGCGAUCCCUUAAUUUUGCUAAUCGGGACAAGAAAAAUGAUAAAAGCAAUCAGGAAACUUCAAAAUGUGGCAAUGAUUAUGACAAAGAGAACAAUAGUGAACAUAUCAAGAGAAAUAAACAUAAUUCUCAACAAAAAGCAGACGUAGCAAUAACAAUGAAUCCAACUGCACCUGUUGCAAGUUCAUAUUUAAGUCCAUACCAGGCAGCUCGUUUGAGGAACAUUGAGGAAAACAACAAGGCAUUGCAGGAGUUGUUGGUAUCUACACCAAGAACCUCAGAAGAACAUAGUAGAGGGUCUACCACAAAAUCUACCAAAACUGCCUCCAGUCAAAAGACCGACAAGGGAAGAGAAAGUCAAUCCACCCCAAAAUCUGGAACUGCCUCCAAUCAAAAUACAAGCAAAGGCAGUACCAGUGGAUCUACUGAAAAAUCUGGAACCGUCUCUAAAAGUUCUCGAUCUCUCCGGCCCCCUUCAUCUUCUAAGCAGCCUAAAUACAGUAAGUUGAUACAUAGUUGAGCAUUGGGUCUCAGUGUAGAUAAUUUGCAGGAAACUUUGUG